UGACUGCCUGCUCUAGCACUGUCACAGCCGGGUGCUUUGUUUUGCUCGUCCGCAGCACAAACCAGAGAAAAUUGACAUUGAAAUUAAUCUAAUUUUUGCCCUGUAACUAUGCAAUGGCAACAAACGUGGAUUUUGAUUUGCAAAAGUUUCGGGUUGCAGAGGCACCUUGCACGAUUUACUACAUUCCUGAGUUCAUUUCCGAGUAUGAGGAACAGAUGCUAAUUAAGAACAUCUUAAAUGCUCCUAAACCCAAAUGGACGCAGCUGAAGAGACGACGACUACAAAAUUGGGGUGGACUUCCACACCCUAAGGGCAUGAUAGCAGAAAUAAUGCCCCAAUGGCUGAGUAGCAGUGUGGAAAAAGUAGCACAGCUGGAAGUUUUUGGAGACAACAAACCUAACCAUGUGCUAAUCAAUGAAUACCUCCCAGGACAAGGAAUCAUGGCGCAUACAGACGGUCCUUUGUUCUAUCCCACCGUGACAACUAUCUCCUGUGGUUCUCACACUGUGCUUGAAUUUUUCAAGCCUCGUAACAAUGAUGAUCUGGAAAGAAGAUCGGAUCAGGCUGAAAGCGAAAGCUGUGAUAUGCGAACAGAGGUGGUUGUAUCGUUGCUGCUUGAACCACGGAGUUUGGUGAUCGUGCAAGACGACAUGUACAGUCAAAUGCUGCACUCCAUUGCUGAGAGAAGUGUUGACCAGGUGUCCAGUGAGAUGAAAAUUGCAAACCGGGCAGCAUGCGCUAAAAGGUUCCAGGAGGAUGGCUGCUUUGAACGUGACACUCGCUACUCGCUUACCAUCCGACAUGUCCCCAAGACUAGAAAGUUCAAUUUCAAGUUUUGAGACAUCUUCAAUUUUGUUUAUCCUAUAAUUUGUCACAUCUUUCUGGAACUACAUAAAUAUAAUUUAUUUUCAUUUUUGUAAAAUCUUGUUUAUUAUGGUCUAUAAUUUCACACGUUUUUAAAUUUGAGCAUACAUAAAAAGUCAGAAUGUUUCUAUCCUACAACAGCAGCUGAUCCUAGAAUAGCGGAAGGAACUCCUACAACAAUUUUUACUGCCACGUCCUUGAAACCUUUCUCCACCUUUCUACCAAACUUCUUCAGAGACUUUCUUAACUUCUUCAAGCCUCGCUUACUUCGCACAUUCUCAGCAGCUUAAAUUGGUGGGUUAAAAUGUUUAUUUUGGGAUUUGAACAAAUAUAAUUUUACCUUCGUCUGAUUUUAACCGAUCAAUUCUGAAGCUAGCUUCUGCAAUUUGAUUGUUCUCCAUUUUCAAAGGAGUACAUUGCAGGCUUGAUAUCAAUAUCUGAAAUUCUGGUGUCAUUUACUACAGUCAAAAAUCAAUAUUCUGCAAACUCACAGUUAAAAUAGAAGUCAGCAACAGCAGCCUCAAGAGAAUCAUUACUUGACUUUGUUUUCAACACAACCGCUCAGUUAACUGGUAGAGUCCAAACUCGUUGCAAGACUUUAAGUAAAUUAUUUUUCUCAAAUAUGUUGUUGAACUAUAGAUAAGAAUAACUCUUAUGUAUACUAUUUCUAAAUUAUUGUAGGUCACGUCGCAUUUGGAUUGCGUCUAAAUUAUUCAUAUGCGAUUGUGAUAAGGGAAGUGUACAAUUAUAUUGUUAUCUUGGUGACUAAACAUGUGAGCUAUUAUAUUGCAGUUGUGUAUAAUUUGUUAGCCUAAUUAACAUUAUAUCAAUUAUUUUUAUGGUUUAGAAGGAUUUACUGGUCAUGCACCGAAUUUCUAGUUGCUAUUUCAUACGCGUCAUGCAUGUAAACUGGCAAUUCCUCAUUAUCAAAGGCAUACUCCUUGCUUACAAUUUUACCAUUGUCCUGCACCCGCUUGUUUUCUGGUUUGAUGCAGCGCCAGAACGACCAGCACGGUUUGGAAUCACAGCAACCAGACUUAAGGAACCUGGACACGUGUGCGGUGGUGAUCAGACAGUACUCAACCAACUCGGCUUUCCUCGCAAGGCGGAACGAGUGCGCCUGGUUCUUGAUUGUGUUCACGUCCUGCACAACAAUACCGAGCAGCAGACUCAUAAGAACGAUGGGAACCGCCACCAGGAAGAUCAAAAUGCAGGCCAGCGGGAAAACGCUGUAGAACCCAUUGGCGCCGACGAGCCAAGGCACCUCAAAGGAGCCUUCAGUCCCGUUCUGCCUUGAAAUUGACUUGAACAAAUCGCCGUACUCCAGCUCACCGACCAUCAUGGCGGCCACUUUGACCAACGCCGUGAAGAGGGAGGAAAAGUGCUCUUCGUCCCGGAAGUACAUGCAGAAACAGAUAAUGAAGCCGAGCAGGUAGACGCCGAAAGAAAGGAUCAGCUUGACGAACGACUUGAGCACAAAGUAGUACAUGUCGAUAUACAAGCCAAACAUGCGGAAUUCACCGAUCAUAACGAUAAAUUUAAACCAGCAAGCCAAGAAAACCAUGGGGCCGAUACUGUCCUUGAGCUCCUGGUCGCCUCGCCAGAAGGCCCACGCGCCUAUGUAGCAGAAAAUCUCGCAAUAGUUAUCAAA